UGGUUUAGGGUUUCCAAGACGGAAGGAUGUUGAGCAAAAUCUCCAGCACCGAUGAUGUUUCCAGAGAUUUCUCCUCACAGAUCGAGAAGUUUAAGGCAAUGCGAUUGAUUUCCGAUAAUUACGUCCGCACUUUCACGGAUCUUAAUUACGAUUCUGAUGACUACAAUCUUGACUGGACCGAUCCCGAAGAAUUUAUGCGGCUGGAGGGUAUGACUAGGCUAUUUGCUCUUGUUGGUAACCCUGCAUUUUUGUACUCGUACGCACUGUUGCCUUUGGCCUACUUCAAUGCUCAACAUAAGACAGAUUUUGAAUUUCACAAGUUUGUGAGAGCAUAUUUCAAUCAUGCUCAUCCCAUGUACAUAGUAUUUGAGGCCAUCAGCCCUACCAUUGCUGGAGGACUUCCUUUAGUCUUCCAAUCACAUAUUGGCCUUCGACCCGGAUGGCCAUUACGUGAGGAGGUGUAUUUCUGUAAGUUGCACCCCAUUGAUUGUAGCUAUACUCUUGAUGAUCUUCCAGUUUCCUCCUCAACUCCCACUUUUGAUCAUACCAAAGCCUGUGUUCUUGCUGCUGCUGCGUUCGCUAUCUGCCAAACGGAAGACCACUUAACUUUGAAGGACAUUGUUAGUUUUGAAGAGAUUGCAGAACCAACUCUGGUUGGUGAAUUUGACGUUAAGUACAAGAUAAUCUUUAACGUGUUUAAAACAAAAGAUGUUUCUUUUGUUACGGGACCUGUUGAAAUAGUGGUGGAAUUUCGUCAACAAUUUCAAACAAUGGAUGUGAUAUCCAUUGUUAAAAAUGAGAUGCCAAAUGAAGUUAAGGUUAGACCAGACCUCCUUAAAUUAGAUAUGUGGUGUGGGAUAAGGUUAUCAACUAAUGCUAAUACAUUAUGUUAAAAAUAGUGAGUAAUCUCUCGGACAGAGUGUGAAAUCUAAAUGACAUGAUUUCUAAGGAUUGAGAUUACAUAAGGUCUUUGAUAUUGUAUCUAUAUUUUCUUUCUUGUGGUGUUUAAAUUUUGUGCUAGUGAUCUCUAUAAUUUGAUCAAA